AUGGGGAUAGAGGGUGAGGUGGGGGUGAGAUUUUCACAUACUGGAACUUGUUCUGAGUUGCAGAUCUCGCCUGAAACCUCCAUCGUUGAAACUGUCAUCUUCAUAUUCGAUGACAUGUUUGGUUCAGUUGAAAACAGCCCAGACGUUGACUUCAGAUCGGGCCAUAGGAUCUAUCAGAUCGAUUUAUAUGUGGAGAGGGAGGGAAAGGUGGUGUCAGUAAACACUUCCAACUUGCAGUUUGGGACAAACGGUGGCAUAUAUGAAAAUUUGUGGUGUAGUGAAAUAAAAAUCCGACCUGAUCCAUCAUCUAAGAGGUUGUUUCUUAUACGCGUAAAGCUACGAAAACUUCUGGGGGAGUUUGUUCACCCAAAAUUGAUUCUUUUGAAACUGAUUGAAUAGUUCCUCAAGGGUGUAGAAGCUACCAUCAAAAGGGAACUAUAUUAAUGGCAUAGUUAUUAUAGCUUCUAGCAAUCCAUAUGAUCUUGAAAGAUACACAUGUAUGACUACCUCUCAUUUCUUCAACUUCUCAAAUAUCAAUAUAACAGUGACCCAACAGAGAAACUUCAAUGGAGGAUAACGACAUUAGAGACUGCUCAAAUGGCUACUCCAUAACCUACUUUUAGGAUAAAUCUACAUAUCAAGAACACUUGGGGUUUUUGCAUUCAUGUUUCUACAAUCAUACGAUGUACAAACAUCUAGUAU